AGCGCCAGCACAACACGGGGUGUUAAGACUUGCCUAUGUAAUCAGAGAGAAAGAAACAGGAAAAGUAAUUAAUAAAACAAGAAAGGGUUUACAUUCUUCAGAGACCAGUCAGCAGCAACAAACCUGUACUAGGACAGGAUACAAAAACUGCAGAAGAAAGGGAUUUGUCCCUAUCAGAAAAAUAAACUUUCUGUGAACGGGGAGCUGUCAAGACAUUUUCUGGAUAAUUUGAGCUUUCAGUGAACAUGGAAUGGACAGCUUAACAACAAAAAUGAGUACAAAUUCCUCUAGGAGUUUUGGGACAUCCGGCAACGGUGUAAUAGAAACUGUGACCACAACUAGCAGGCUGACAACCUUACCUCCCAGGGGCAAUAGUGGGGGCAGCAGUGGCGCUGGCAGCGGGCAGAGGAGCGCUUCUUCCAUGGAAAGAAAAGUCACCUCACAUGGCAACACUAGCUAUUUCUCAUCAUCUGGUGGGGGCGGCAGCUCAAAGGGGAUCUUCAGCUCAUCUGGGUCACACCGAGGCCAGGGCUCCAACUCAUCGCUCGCCUACUCCCCCGGCUCCACCCUGGAGAGGAAGGUCAUCGUCAGCCGCCACGGAGGAUAUGAAGAGAGUUCAAGUGGGAACUCUUCACCGGAGUACACAAGGAAAGAAUUCGGUUCAGUGUCAGGAACCUCAGCCACAAGAGGGAGAAGUCAGAGCAGAGAAAGUGAAAUAAGAGCAAGAUUGCAGAGUGCCUCACCAUCCACCAGGUGGACAGAGCUGGACGAUGUCAAGAGGCUGCUGAAGGGGAGUCGCUCUGCCAGCGUGAGCCCCUCGCGCUCUCCAUCCAACACCCUCCCCAUCCCGAAGAAAGCCACUGUGGAAACAAGGACUGUGACAGACAGUUCUCAAUCGGUUUCAGGACAGUAUGACACAGCUAUCCUGAACUCUGCUCUGCCUUCCUACGUGUGGAGCUCCACUCUCCCAGCAGGGUCUUCAAUGGGCAGUGGGUAUGGCUACCAAACCAACACCAACAACCUGUCUCCCAGCUCCUCCCUCAUGAGUGCAAACGCACUUUCUUCCAUGUCAGUGCAAGGAGUCCAGAAUAACCUGGCUUUGAGCCCGGCUCCAAUGAGCAGCAGUCUUACCACAAGCUCCACAGUGUAUGGUGUUCAGAAUAACCUGACACACAGCACCACCCCUGUCCUGGGCAACUCCAAUGGUGCCCACAGCCCCACAGUGUAUGGAGUGCAGAAGAAUGUGUCUGCAGCCUCUCAAGGACCUGCUGUGGCUAGCACAGGAGUUUCCACCACUACAGUCUCACAAAGCAGAGAUCAGAUCGACGAUGUAUUCCGGAAAGAUUACAAGUUCCUGCUGGUGGAGAAGGAGAACAUGCCGAGCAAGAAGGAGACAGAGCUGCUCAUCAUGGCUAAGGACAGUGGCAAGCUCUUUUCCACCACCGCCAGCAACGGAAUCAGCAGCUCCUUUUCUGACGACACUCUGAAGAGAGAGAAGAUGCUGCUGUCCAGCUCUGCGGAUACUGGGCUGAAAGCUGAAACAAAUCCACACUUUGGGUCUUCCAGAAUAGCAACAAAAGACAAGGCGACUUAUGCAGAGAUUGCAAGGACGAUGAUUACGGAGGGGGGGGGUGGCGGUGGGGGGGGUUGCUGUGGCGACUCGUGCUGCAGCUGGUGGAAGUGGCUGCUGGGAUUGUUACUGGGGCUACUGCUCCUCCUGGGGUUACUGUUCGGACUCAUUGCCCUGGCGAGUGAAGUAAAUAAACUGAAGGAACGCGUGGCGGUUCUGGAGGGCUCUGGUCGGACCAGCCGGCUCACCUCUGUCACCAUCGAUGGCGCAGACCUAGCCUACUCUGAGCGAAUUGGAGCGAAAGGGGCUGCGAGGAGCAGCCUGGGCACGGGGGUGAACCUAGGCUUAGAGUCUACAGACUCAGAUAUCCAGCUACAACGCACAGUGCAGCAGCUGCUGAGAGCAGAGCUACAGUCUGAUACAGUACGAGCUUCACUUGCGGUUCAGGGUGAAAGGGGAGCACCAGGGCCUAAAGGGGAUGCUGGUUCUCCAGGUGUGAAAGGAGAUGCAGGUUUCCCAGGAAUGCCUGGUUCUCCAGGAGUGAUUGGACACCCUGGAGCAGAAGGACCCAAAGGACAGAAGGGCAGUGCAGGUGAUCCAGGAUCUGAAGGGCAGGGGGGACCGAGAGGGCGAGAAGGCUUGCCUGGACCGCGGGGCGAACCCGGACCCCCUGGUUUUGGAGAGAAGGGAGACAAAGGCAGCCCAGGUGAUGCAGGACUUCCAGGGGUACCAGGCAUCCCUGGGCCAAUGGGACACAAAGGUUCAAUGGGCAGUCCAGGACCUUCAGGCAUUGGAGGCUCUCCUGGUCUGCAAGGCUUCCGAGGAGACGCAGGACAGCCCGGUCCGAAAGGUGACAAAGGAUCAAUUGGACCAGCAGGACCAAAGGGUGAUCAGGGGGAGAAAGGACCUCGUGGAUCUUCAGGUGACACAGGCUCGCGCGGAUUGCCAGGACCCCAUGGAGAGGCUGGAGCUAAAGGGUCUGCGGGUCCACCUGGUGCAGACGGACACAAAGGCCCCAGAGGUGACCAAGGACCAAUCGGAUUGCCAGGGGUCAGAGGACCAUCCGGUCCCCCAGGAGAUGCUGGCCUUCCAGGGCUUAGUGGAUCACAGGGACCACCAGGUCUUCCAGGUAAUCCAGGUGUACCUGGAUCCAAAGGUGAAGCAGGAGAGCCAGGCAAGAUCAUCAAUGCAGAAGGAUCCAAGGCUGUGGUUGUGCCAGGCCCACCAGGACCAGCAGGACCUCCUGGCCCAUCUGGCCCCAUUGGACCUUCCGGACUCCCAGGUCCUAUUGGUCCCGCUGGAAAUCCAGGACAUCCAGGCUCAAAGGGAUCCCGAGGAGAAAGGGGUCUGCCAGGCGAACCAGGUACCUCCGUGGAGACCUCCAGAUCAGUCAGCUCUACUAAGUUUCAACAGGAGUCUGGAAGUUUCAGUGCUCAAGGAACCCCAGGCCCGCCCGGCCCACCCGGCCCACCAGGACCUCCAGGCCAUGCAAUUCAAGGUCCUCCCGGCCCCAGAGGAGAUCCAGGUAUUGGCCAACCAGGAAUGCCGGGUGCCAAAGGAGAGCCAGGGAGCUUUGUGCCCAAUUCAGGAACAUUCUUUGCAGGACCUCCUGGGCCUCCUGGAUUUCCCGGGCCCAAAGGGUCAGAGGGUGAACAAGGACCAAGAGGAUACCCAGGUGAGCCAGGCCAGCCAGGUCUGCCCGGAAGUCCCGGUGGUAAUGGUGGUACUGGUGAUUCUGGAAGAGGAGAACCAGGUCCACCUGGAUUACCAGGGCUACCAGGUCCACAAGGCCCACCAGGCCAAGAUGGUCGAGAAGGUGCUAAGGGAGACAGAGGGGAUGCUGGAGUCCCAGGUGCUCCCGGAAUUCCAGGGGCAGCAGUAUCAAGAGGUGGUAACUCGCGUGUCUAUCAGGGCCCCCCUGGCCCUCCAGGGCCCCCCGGAGCCCCUGGUACUCCUGGAUCUGGAUCUCCAGACUCACUGCCUGACGUUCGCCAGUACAUUGCUGAUUAUCUUCAGAGUGAUUCUGUCAGGAGCUACAUGACUGGACCCCAAGGACCACCUGGGCCACCAGGGCCACCUGGAGGUAGCAGUGUGCCGGUCGAUGAUCUGGCAAGCCGUGUCAUCAGCUACCUGCAAAGUACUGGCAUUAGCUCUGGUCUUCCUGGCCCUCCGGGCCCCCCUGGAACACCAUCAGUUGAUGCUAUUAUAGCCCUGUUGCAGAGACAGGAAGUGAGGCAGUAUCUUGUGGGGCCUCCAGGCCCGCCAGGACCUUCAGGAUCGAGUGGGCUUGGUUCUGUCAACCAGCAGGAGUUGGCCACUCGUGUCAUCAACAUCAUGAACACUAGGGGUCUGCAAAUUGGUUUGCCAGGGCCCCCCGGCCCUCCAGGACCCCCGGGGUCUACCUAUGGGGACAUAUCAGCACUGCUGCAAAACUCUGAGUUUCGAGAAGUUGUUGGGCGACCAGGGCCCCCCGGAACCCCAGGAAGACCGGGCUCUCCUGGGCCAAUGGGCCCCCCUGGAAUUGCCACUGUUAGUGGAACAGGCUACAGGCUGGAAGACAUCAGAAGCUACCUGCAGAAUGCAGGUUUCAGUGGCCCUCCUGGCCCAGCAGGCCCGCCUGGUCCCCAGGGGCCUCCAGGGGUGUCUGGAGGACUGGUCUCCUACGCUGAGAACACACAGAAGGACCUCUUCCGCACCGAGCUCAUCCAGUACCUCACCAGUGACAAUAUGCGGCAGUUCAUAUCAGGGCCGCCGGGCCCCCCGGGACCUCGUGGAUUUAAAGGAGAGCGUGGCGACUCUGGGUACAGCAGAGUAGAGGGUGGACUGAGCGGAACGCUGGAUUACUCUGCCGUGGCACUUAAAGUAUCGGACUACAUAAAGACCCAGGGUCUGCUGCAGGAUGUCUCUUACAGCGUGUCUGAGCGAGUGGGACGCCCAGGAGCCCCAGGCCCCCCAGGCCCCCCGGGCCCACGGGGACCUCAUGGAUUUAAAGGAGAGCGUGGCGACUCUGGGUACAGCAGAGUCGAGGGUGGGCUGAGUGGAACGCUGGAUUACACUGCCGUGGCAGCGAAAGUAUCGGACUACAUAAGGGCCCAGGGUCUGCUGCAAGAUGUCUCUUACAGCGUAUCAGAACAAGUGGGACGCCCCGGACACCCAGGACCACCGGGACCUCCCGGACCUCCAGGGUACAGCCGUGUCAUCGGCGCAUACGGGAACGUCACUGCUGACCUCAUGGAAUUCUUCAGAACUUACGGUACAAUUCCAGGACCUGUGGGUCCAAAGGGAGAUAGAGGAUUCCCAGGACACAAAGGGGACAGAGGUGAAAUAGGACUCCGAGGGCAGACAGGACUGCCAGGAUUACCAGGAAUCCAGGGAGAGAAGGGUGAAAAAGGGGAGCAAGUAUUGGUUGGCCGGAGGAAGAGGAGGAGCAUUGGAGUCUGAAUUGAAAUAACAAAUCAGUAUUCAAUGUCUCAUUAAUUUAUGUAAAAAAAAAACAAAAAACUAUGUAGUACUUGAAACAUUAGACUCUUAGGGUUAGUAUUUUAUUGUAGCUGGGGUGGAUGCUUACCUGUGUUUUCUUUUGUUUAAUGGUUUGUGACUUUUAUAUUAAAUUUACAUUUUAAUUGGUUGAGACUUCAAUUGAUAUAAUGUGACCACCCUCUUCCACUAUAUUUAUAGUGUCUGCUGCAUUUAUUUUAUUUUUUCAUGCCAAUAUUCAAUUUCAGUUUACUUUAAAAGCUACAUGUGUUAGGACUAUGGGAACAUUACAGGUUGCUUUCUGUAGAUUUAUUUCUAUUUAGUCUUGAACACUUAACUUUUUGGUAAAUUAAGGGGGUGAGCAUUUGUGUUGUGAAUUUUAGAUAUCCUUUGUUUAUCCCAUUUGACUGCAAAUUGGUCAAAUUGACUGGUGUAUGGGGCACCACUCCCCAUCCCAUAUUAUUAUUUAUCUUUUGUUAGUGUAACUGCAAUCAUGAUCAUGUUUCAGUUUCCAUUAGGUGACCUUUUGCUUAUCCAAGGUUAAUUUAACAAAUCAACUAUGAACUUAAUUUCUGCAAAAAUUGUAUGCCCCAAUGAAGCAAAUUAUAUGUUCAGUAAAAUGUAAACCUAGAAACAAAUAACUACAUCUUAAAUAGUUAUUAUUGACAUUAUGUAUUUCUAAAAGCAAUGCUUUGAAAAUAUUACUGAUGGUUUUACCGAACUUUAAGAAAAAAAAACGCAUUCACAGUAAUACGAUUUUUUUUCUUUUUUAUAAACAGAAUUUAAUAAAAAUGAUCUGAAAUAUUUGUCUUUAACAUAUGUAAUAUUUUUUAAUGUAAUAUCUUGUCUAAGCCUAAACUCAAAUAUACAUUAUUUCAACUCUCUAGUGUAAAUGAAAUGCAACUUAAUUUGAUUUAGUUUUUGUUUCCAAGCUACUUCUGAAGCACAAACUACCCCCAACUGUUUUUUCCUCCCUAACGUUAAAGUAGCGCAAAGACCAGUGCAUCGCUCCCUAUGGGUCCCACUCAAGAUAAACUAAUUGCCAUGAGCAGGAUUUGAAACAUGCAUGCCUCACCCUGCACUAUACAACAGCAGUACCUUCACUUGAUGAGACUGUUUUAACUUCUCAUUGAGCCAAUAUACUGUAAUCUCUAGCAAGACCUUUAGCACUUUAUUUUGAUUUAAGAAAAAAAAAAAACUUAAUACAGUAAACAUUUUUAUUUACAGCAAAAGUAUGCCAAUAGUCUAUAGAAGCAUUCAAUUCGUUAUAAAUCAUUUGCUCUCAAACUGCAUUCAGAUUGAAAGUCUUUGACAUUCAGCAAAGCCUUCAUAUAAAAUCAUUCUUAACCAGCAGAACACACACGUUAAUUCAAAUUAUUCAACAUAUCUUCAACUUAAUUUCAAAGACUUUCCAUGCAAUACAUAAUCCCCAUGGUUGCAGAGCAAAUCCAGCAGUCAAGAAUUAAAAACAAAAUAUAUAUAUACCUGUACAGCAUUCUUCAUUUUUAGGUCAUUAACUAAGAAGAUUAUUAACUAACUUACAUUCUGAAACAAAGCGGUAUACAAAUGGUGAUUAGAAAGUAAGUUUACCACAUCAACACACUAUAUCUCAUGUUUCUAAUCACCCUGUAUAUUUGUUCCAGCCUUUUAAGCAAUCCGAAUUAACAUCUGCUUCAAGCAGUUUGUUUUACAUCACUUUAAUCUGAUUAACCAAAGCAACUCUGAAACUACCAGUGAACAUUCAUCCAUCGCAGAAACAGGAUCAUAACUUUGCACAUAAAUGUCAUAUAAAAUCUGUGCUUUCCUUAAACAGGCAUGGAUUGGUUAACAUAUAGAGGGCUACAAUUUGUUUCAACUUGUAGACCAACCCACCACCCUAUCCCAUAAAGGCAACUAGAAAAGUAAAAUCAGAGUAUACCCUUGAUAAAAAGCUAGUGGGGACGAAUACAAAAGAACUCCAGGGAGAACAAGGGCUCCUGAAGUACGGUUGCUGUGCAUAUCCAAAAUGUACAAGAUGCAGACAACCAUUCACUGACCUAGCAAGUGUUCUGAUCACAAAAAAAAAUUCUGAUCACACUGUGCAUUAAUUCAUGAUAAAAAAAAAAUA